CAACCGCCUUGCUUCGUCUUGCAACCAUUAAUGGCUGCUCGGUUUUAAGUUUUUGUCUACGGAAGAAAGUUCCCGGAAAUUCGGUGCGCAAACGGGUCCCGUCCUUGGCCAGCAGUGUCGCAAUCGCUAGUUUCGUACGGUGCCGUGUCGUUUCCGGUGUUUUCCGAGGCCGUCGCGCGGGUUUGGACCCGAAAAACGUCCCGGACACAGUUCCGACUUUCGCCUUCUGGUCAGGCCAACUUGGAUUUUUUCUUGUUCCUCAAACCUCUCUCAGAGCCAAACGGACAGACGACGGGGACGGCCGAGUGAAGAAGGGGAAAGGGGGAACGAACGUUUUUUUUUUAUUCGCAAGUGUGUGAGAAAGAGAGGGAAAGAAGCGAGAAGAAAGUGCAGUGUGACAGUUUAGUGUGCGUGUAAACUCUGCGUAACAGUUCGGCAAGUGCAAACGCAAAUCGAAAUUCGUCGUCCGUCGAACCGUGGGUUGUUUUCUCCUGGUUGAACUCUUGGACAAAGCCAGCAACCGACCGACACACUUUGAAAUCCGCCCGCGGCCGCCAUGUCGUCGUCGGAACCCGCGACGCCCGCCAUCAAUGUGGACCUGCAAUCGUCGAUGCUGCUGGAGACCCUGCGCCAAACUCCGUCCAUCGCCGAGGACGGAACUGGUUCCGGUGGUGGGGGUGGAGGUGGUGACGGUUCUACGUCAUCGCAGCAGCAGCAGCAACAUCACCACCUUCAGGAGGGUGGUGCGGGGGACGCGGAGCGGAGCGAGCUGGAAGCGAUGGAUCCGGCCAUCCUGUCGUCGACGGCCCCGGCCGGGAGUGAGUUGGGAGGGGGGAAGAUGGCAGCCAGGUUGCGGUAUUCGGCGGAGCAGCUGCUGAGGCUGCGUGGGACGGAGCUGUCGCGGAGGAGUCCGCCGUGCAUACGGGACUCGGUGACGGACAAGCGGGCGAAGAUGUUCCAGAGUUUGCUGAAGCCGGUGGCGGGGGAAGGUGGGGAGGAGGAGUAUCCGCAGGGGAAUGGGGGUGGGAGCUAUGGGAAGGGGGGUGGUGGGAGGGCGGAGCGGGGAGAGAGGGAGCGUGAUCGUGAUCGUGAGCGGGUUGGUAAUGGGGGCGGUGGGGAAGGUCCCGGAAGUAACGGGGGUGGUCCGAGGAGGAUGGAUUUGCGCGAUCCGAAGGAUCGGCUGCGGAAGGAGGACGGGAUUGUGCUUUCGCCGCAGCGGCGCAACUUCAACAUGGGCUGCCAGAUGCCGGCGGCGCCCACGACCGGAACCGGUCCCGGGUUGACCAUCGGCGGUGGGUUGCUGCGGAACGAGCGGGAUCUGCUGGGCGGAGUUCGCGAGCGACGCAUUGGAAGUGGGCGGAUUCUGUCACGGGAUGUGUCCUGGGACUACCGACCGGACAAGGACGCUCCCGAGAGCAACGACUACCGGGCGUCCGGGAAUCUGGGCUUCCGGAAUGACCGUAGCGAAGGUGGGCGAGAGCCGCGGGAGGUGCGAGAUUCGCGGGACGCGAGAGACUCUCGCGAUGCUCGCGAACCACGAGAUUCCGACCGGCUGAAUCGUUCCGACCGGGAGAAGGAGUUCCGCGGGAAGAACUACGACGAGCGGGACGAUCGUCGCGAGCGUGAGCGCGACCGCGAAGAUCGGUACGAGCGACGACCCCAGAACCGAGACUACGAUCGCUUCGACAACAAGGACAACAACCGUGGCUCGAGGAUGAACUCGCGAUACUCCAACAACAACAACAACGACGACGAUCGGGACAACCGGCACGGUGGCUACUCCAACAAUCGGUACAACGACCGUCACCACGGCCGUGGUGGUCGGUACGACCACCGGGACGAAGAACCCGAGUGGUUCAGCGAGCCAACCUGCCAGACGGACACGAUCGAGCUGCGUGGAUUCGACGAUCCCGUGCCGGAUGACGAACCCGACAAGUCGGACAAAGAUCAACCAAUGGACGAUGCCAAGGACAAGUCGUCGUCGGACGCCAACGAUAGGAACAACAACUCCGGCGACGGCGACCUGGACAAGACCAACGCGAACCAUUCGUUGGCGGCGCCGGCCGCCUCAGCGGCCGCCGGAGAAUCGUUAGAUCGGACGCCCGGAGACGGCGCCAGCGACGGCUCGUCGGUGAAAUCGAACGCGAUUGGGCCGAUCGGUGCCGGGGCAGGCCCCGGCGCGAUGUCGCUCGGUGGUGGUGGUGCCGGAACGACCACCAAGAUCGCCCCCGACGACGACUUCAACUUUGAGGACUUUCUCAAGCUGGACGCGCUGCCGACGAAUUUGCUUUACCCCGACCUCCCAGCAAAGGAAACUGGCAGCAGCGGCGGUUCGCGCUUCUCGCAGUGGUUCCGGCAGGAAAAUUCCGCUCAACCGCAGCAGCAACAAUCGCAACAGCAGAAGCCGCCCCAGUCCAACCUGUUCGACAGUCGUCGCUCCUCGCUGCAGGACGAAAUCAACAACAUGAUCAACGACUUCACCUCGGCCGGUCUCGACGAACCGCACGCGCACCAGCAUCCCCAUCCCCAGCAGCAGCAUCAACCUCACCACCAAAACAUUCCCGACUCCAACUCGAACAAGUACUUUGCUCCGAUUUCCCCGGCCGCGAGCACCUCGAACAACUCCAGCAACUCGCUGUUGGAGUUCUUCCAGCGCAGCGAUAAGCAACAGCAGCAGCAACAGCGCGAGCAGCACCAGGGUCACCACCAGGGAGGUCAUCCGCCGCAUGGACAGCAGCACCCACUUCUCGGUCAUCCCUCGAUGCAGCAACACCAUCAACAACAGCAGCAGCAGCAUCAUCAGCAGAUGCAGAACCGCAACCUUCAGCAGCUGCUCGGCGUGUCGAGCGGAGGCCCCGUUGCCCCGAACGUCGGCCAGAUCCACAGCGUUGAAGAGUUGGAGGCCCGAUUCCGUCGCGAGGACGAUGCAAACGGACGGCCGGGUGGCGUCGGCGGUAACAACGGACCCGUUAACCCUCCAAUCCCCCGGUUGAUAACCCCGUCCGCGGAACGCAACGGCCCCGGCAACGGCCCAAUGCCCUCCAACCUCGACCAGCAGCAGGAGUCGUUCAAGAAGUUGCUCGCGCAAAUCUCCGAAAACCAGCAAGGCCCCCCUCCGCACAUGCCGCCCCAGGCACCUCCCCCGCACCACAUGCUCCACCAGCACCAGCAGCAGCAGCAGAACGAACUCCUCCACAAAAUGCUGCACCUCAACCAGAUGCAGCAACAGCAGCACCUUCCACCCUCCGUCAACGACGUCCGCCAGGCCGAGAUCCUCAAACGCCCGGAAGCGCAAGCCCUCCUGCACGGCGUCGCCCGCGGCGAAGUGUCCCAGCACAACCUGUGGCAACAGCUCGCCAACCCAGCCACCGCCCAAAACCACCGCGAAAUCGUCUCCUCAAUCCUGGCAACCCUCGGAACCCCCAGCCCUCGCGUCGUCUCCCCAAACAUCCUCAUCCAGCCGUCGCCGGGUCCGGGCGGAGUGCCGCUCCUGCCCCCGCAAGCGACCCCACCGGUGGUGGCCGCGGCAGCCGCCGCCGCAGCGGCAAACAGCGCCAACCUGCUGUUCCAGCACCACUCGAAGCAGCAGAUGCGACUGUCGCCGCUGCCCAACGGCGGAAUGCCCCAGCGGAUUCCGUCGCCGCGCGAGCUCCAGUUCCACACGCAGUCCAUCAUGCAGAACGCGCUCAUCCGGAAGAAGCUGGAGGAACAGCGGGAGAACUACCGCAAGCGCCAGGAGCAGCAGCAGCAACAGCAGCAGAAUCGCAACCAACCGGACUCCGGCUCGGCGCCAUCGUCCAGCGCCCCCAGCAACUCUACAACGACGACUUCGGCCCCUUCCGGCAACCCUCCAUCGUCUGCCCCUAGUCAACAGCAGCAGCAACUUCCCCCAAGCAACGGCGGCCCAAUGCCACCCCACAUUCCUGCCUCCACCAUCACGACCCCCUCCGUCAUCGGUUCCAUCACAUCCCCGGCCAAGAACCAGCACCAACCUCCUCUCCCUCCUCAACCUCAACCUCCGCAACCCCAGCCCCAGUCCCACCAACAGCAGCAGCAGCAGCACCACGCCCACCAGCACACCUCGUCCCCGACUCCGCUGGCCUUCACGCCGACCUCGGUGCUGCGCAAAAUGACCGCCGAAAAGGAGAACGAACAGCUGGCGACGGCCGUCAGCAACGCAGCGGUCGCCAACCGGGAGGAACGUCGCGGCGAUAUCCUCGGCAAUCUCGGCCUCAGCAAUCCACUGACCCAGCAGCAGCAGCGCAACCUAAGUGCCCUCAUGGGACAGCAUCCGCCGCUGCCGCCACCAAAUCAGCAGCAGGGACCUCCGCCGCAGAUUGCCCACCAGCAGCAGCAGCCGCAUCCGGGAAUGGGUCACCAUCCGAUUGGAGUGCCGCCGAUGGGACACCCGCAGGGACCGCCGCGUGGUGGAAAUCAGCAGCAGCAGCAGCCGGGAAUGCCCGGUGGAAACAUUCCGUGGAACCUGAAGCAGCCGCACCCGGGCCAGCAGCAGCAGCAGCAACAGAUGCCGCAGAUGGCCAAACCGCAGGGCAGGCCCAUCCUGAAGGGAGGAAACAACGCCCCGCAACCACCCAACCAGCAGCAGCCCCCGCAACAGCAGCAACAACAACAGCCACCCCACCCGUCCCCACUCACCCAGAUGUCCUUUGCGUCCAACCUGGAGUUCCAGCAACAAAUGCAACAGUUCCAGCAGCAGCAACAAAGCCGCAGCGGAAACCCCAUCCUCGGAUCCCACCAACCUCCUCCGCAGCAGCAACAACAGCAACAACCUCCAAACAACCCGCAGCAGCAACAGCAACCGCCGCCACCCCAGCAGAACCAGCAGCAGCAGCAGAUGAACCCCCAGCUCCAGCAACUGCUCGCCCAGCGCCAACAGCAGCAACAGCAACGCGCCAUCCGCAACCAGCACAUGCAGCAACUUCCGCCCAACUUCCGGCAGCAGCAGCAGUCGCAGCAUCACGGCGGCGGCCAACCGCAACCCGGUGGCAUCAUCAACUACGGCCGCGACGGCGGUCUGUCGCCGACGAGCAACCAGCUGGCGCGUUGGUUCUCGCCCGAACUGCUCGCCCAGGCGUCGGCCGGUAAGCUGCCGUCGCUCAACAUCGGCCAAGCGAUGAGCCUGGAGGAGUUUGAGCGCAACAUGCAGCAUUCGUCGGCGACCGUGCACAACUGAGCCGCGCUCAACAACCGUCGGCCACCGGCGGCGGCGGCGUGGUCAUCCGGUAGUUCCGUGCAGAAGCGACUGCUCGUGGACCGGACGCCGGCGGCGGCGGCAACGGCGGUUGGCGGUAAGGACAAGCUGUUUGGCCGGCCGCAGGACUAGGCAAUCUCGCCCACGUUGCUCUCUCUCUCUCUCUCUCUUUCUCGUGUAAACUAUUUCCGGGCUGGUCACAGAUGACGUGACGUGACGGACAGAACAAUUGUGUAAAAUUUGGCACCGCAAAAAAAAACCGUUGUUUGAUACAGUUUGGAAGCGGCCACGCCCUGCCACGCAAC